AUGGCUACGGAUCUUCCACCUUCUGUCAACGGGUUGUAUGGCAGUCAGUACGGGCAGCCUGCCGAGCUUGCCGCCUCUGUCCCAUCUUCGACACCAGCUUCAGUUGCUUCCCAAGGACCAGCUGAGUCUGCCUCAAAUACAGCUAAGGCGGAUCCUCAGGAAAUUGGCUGGUACUUCGUUGAGCAAUACUAUACAACCCUCUCCAAACAGCCAGACCGAAUACAUCUCUUUUACUCAAAGAAGUCGCAGCUGGUCACUGGUGUAGAAGCCGAGAAAGUGCUGCCAUCUGUGGGUCAAAAGGCUAUCAAUGAGAAGAUAAAAGAACUUGACAUCCAAGACUGCAAAGUCCGGGUUCUCAACGUCGACUCCCAGACCUCGCUGAACAAUAUUGUCGUCCAGGUGAUUGGUGUGAUGUCCAACAAAUCUGCUCCUAGCAAGAAAUUUGUCCAGACGUUUGUUCUCACGCCGCAGACCAAUGGGUAUUAUGUUCUGAACGACAUUUUCCGCUACUUAAACGAUGAAGAGGACGAGAUCAUAGAAGAUGAGCCUGCACAGGAGCCGACACAGGAGCCGACACAAGUGGAAGAGGCCAGCGCCACUCCCCCUCCUGCAACAGACACAGAACAGGGUUCAGUUAACAGCGAGGCUGCUAUUGAGCAGGUCGAUGCAAAGCUGGAGGAAGUUGUGGAGUCAGACGCUCCUCAAGCUGUCAAUGGGGCUUCUACCGGUUCUGCUAUGGAAGAACCUGUUCAGCAAGAGGCUGCUCCGGAAGUCGCUGAAGAAGCAAAUGUUCCUUUGCCAGCAGAGAACCCCCCUGAACCAGAGCAUACUCCUGCCGUAAGCCCACCCAAAGCCGCUACCCCUGCACCAGCUGCAGAAGCACCGCCCUCGAAGAAAACCUGGGCCAACUUGGUGGGCUCUAAAGCCACCGCUAUCCCUGCCGUUCCGGUCCCCACUGCCGUAGUCCCGUCUCAACCAAAGGCACAGAAGUCACCUCCUCCUCCUUCCGUUCAGCCACAACAGAACAGUACCACCAAUGAACCGGGUACCAGUUCAGGAUCCCAAAGCAACGAAUGGCAGACCGCAGAUCACGGCAAGAAGCAAGCUAGGCCUCAGAAUAAAACUGUUUCCGAAGGCAACGUUCUCGGCUACAUCAAGAAUGUUACACAAAAAAUCGAAGCCAGUAGGCUGAGAAGCGUACUUGAGAAAUACGGAGAGAUCAAAUACUUCGAUAAUUGCGCAUUUGUUGAAUUUGCUACACCAGCUGGAUACAACGCUGCUGUGGCCGCAAACCCUCACCAGAUUGGGUCUGAACAGAUCUAUGUGGAAGAACGUCGACCACGACCCAAUGCGUUUGGUGGCAGUAACUCUGGUUUCAGUCGAGGUGGCGCUAAUGUAGGUCGAGGUCGUGGUGGUGCUGCUCCUCCAGGACGCACUGGCAGCCAGAGCGGCAGUUUCCCCAAGGAAGCUGGACGUGGUACAUUCCAGCAACGUGGUGGGAAGACUGGCAGCGUCACUCCAAAAGGACGCGGUCAACCCCAAGCUUCCUGA